CAUUUGCUCUCUCUCCCUCCAGGAGCAGCUGUGUGAUUCAACAAAGGCCAAAGCCCAAGCGGGUAUGAGGGGAUGAUUCUGCUGACCGAAAAAUAAAACAAAAAAAAACAAGAAACUGACCGUAAAGAAUCAGGAUAAUCGAAAAAAAAACAAGAGAAGAGGGACCAAUAUUCAGUCGGGUUUCUCCUGAUCCAUGUUAGCGUCAGUCGAGUAACGGAGGAGGUGGCGCGUGUCAGCCGGGCUCACCGGCACGCAUUGGCCGCCGCCCGCGUGCAGCCACAGAAACCCGUUUAAACCGAGUGCGUGACAGCAGCCGGAGCGGAUCCCGGAGUGGGCAAUGUGUGAGGCUGAGGAGGAUUACACCGAGCAGCCGCUGGACAGGGCGGCGGCCGCAAGUGUUGCACAGAAAUGUAUGAAAUGCAAGGACAGUUCUGCCGUGUUGGUCAUUCGAGUUGGAGAUGCGUUUUGUAAAUCCUGCUUCAAAGAAUACUUUGUACACAAAUUCCGUGCCAUGCUAGGGAAGACCCGCUUAAUUUUUCCUGGAGAACAGGUCUUGCUGGCAUUAUCAGGUGGUCCCACAUCUAGUGCGAUGCUUUGCCAGGUUCAAGAGGGUUUGUGUAGAGAAGCUCCAAAGAAGUUGCGGUUUUCUCCUGGGAUAGUCCAUAUAGAUGAGGGAGCUGUGUGUGGACGGAGUCUGGAAGAAAGACGGGGAACUUUAUCACAGCUGGAAGGCAUGUUCCAAGCUUCAGGAUUCCCCUACCAUAUGGUCUAUUUAGAGGAGGUGUUCAAAUUGCCUAAUUCUAUGCUGCAGAGUGUUUCCUCCAGUCCAGCAAGCCAUCACGGUGAGAAUUACAAAGAGGCAGUGGAUGGUUUUCUACAGAAGCAACGAGAGACACUUAUUCAUGCCGAGCAAAGACCUACAGUUGUGGAGCAGUUGAAUGUCACACCUUCAGAAGACCAGGCUCAAACAAAACUUGCUCAACUCAAUAUCUGUGAUCUUUUUAGUAAAGAGAAUACUGUGAGCACCUUCUCAGAAACUUCCACUUAUGGAAAAUGGCCAUUUAACUUGACACAAACAGAGGCAAUAAAGGAACUGUUUAGUUCAAUAAAGACACUGACCGCUAAAGAGGAAUUGCUGCAAACAUUACGACAUCAUCUGCUCUUGCAUACUGCAAGGAUCAAAGGUUACACAAAAAUAAUGCUGGGAGACAGCUGUACCCGACUGGCAGUAAAACUUCUGACAAAUAUUUCAUUGGGACGUGGAGCUUCACUAGCUAUUGAUACAGGAUUCUCAGAUAAUCGCUAUGGAGAUAUCAUGAUAGUUCGCCCAAUGAGGGAAUACUCGUCUAAAGAAAUUGCUUUCUACAAUAAACUUUUUGAUGUUCCUAAUAUUUUCACUCCAGCAUUAGAUACAAAGGCCAAUGAUAAAGCUAGCAUCCAUCGACUAACUGAGAGUUUUGUGAACAAAUUACAGACUGAUUUCCCGUCUACUGUAAGCACUGUUUACAGGACCAGUGAGAAGCUGAAUACAGCUUGCUGUGACUUGAAUUGUACUGAACAGAUGGAGAAAUGUCUGCUGUGUCUCUGUGCUAUGGACACUAAAGUAGAGGAAGCCUCAGCAUUUCAUGCUACCCUAUUAUCAGAAAAACUAUCACUCAAGCAGUCUCCCGACCAGAUGCCCGUUAAAGAGGUUACUGAGCAACCCUGCUGUGGUGGUGAUGGAGAGGAACAGAAAGGAAAAUGCUGUGGUGCACACUCCGAAGCAUGCUAUUCAACAGGCAGUAGUAAUAGAACCACAGAUCUGCUCUCACUGCUAUGUUACAGCUGCAGACUGACUGUCAAAGAUAUGGUGUCGCUGGAUCUGCUACCACAAUAUGUCCUGUCUGAAGCAGAACGCAGAAAGCGCAGAGCCCAAGUGAGGGAACAGAUCCAGGAGUUCCUGUUGGCCCCUGAGGAAGAAACAGAUACUAUCAGCUCCUGAUCAGCCUGCCUGAAAUUAACAAUAAAGAUAAAGAAGACAUCUUGCAGAAUCUCUCCGAUUAUAUACAUAAUUAUGCAUUUAGCUUGGAAUGAGCAAUGAAUUUAUCAUGGAUUGUAACUCACCUAGUUGUCAUUCUGGCACAAGGUGAAGUUCAGAUAAUCACACACCUAUGGCUUCCUUGUUAUUGUUCAACUGCUCAUGGUAGGAGUUCCCAGCAGCCACUCCAAUGCAGAUGUACCUAAAUGUUACACUCGUCAUGGUGACGGUUUAUGUUGAUUUAUAAUCAUGUUUUGUAUUAUUUACUUGGUGCUGCUAUUAAAAGUUAAACCUAACUUUAAAUGUAAUGUCUGUAAAUAUCAGUUUGUUGGAAUAUUAAAUUCAAAAUUGUUCUCAAAUUUAGUUUGACAUAAGGCUUUCUGAUACAAAUGAGGAGGGAUAAUGUAUUGUGCCAUCCCAGAUGAGAUAUUAUGUGAGGCAGAUCAAGAACAGAUUCCCCUUACUUUACCCUGCGUGUUUUAACCUUAAUCUCAAAAAAGCACUCCUGUAUCAGUGUGUUCCACAUUUUGUCAAACCAAAUUCUCAUGAUUGUCAAACUUGGAUAAAUGAUCCUACAAACACAGCUGUUAUGUUUGCUAUUCUGUCUAAGUCAAAGGGAAAGCAGAUUCUGACAGUUUCAAAAACUUAUUUACAGUAUUCCUGUACAAUCAAAAUUGUCAUUUUUUCUUUGUAAAGCUUGAAUAAACUCAAACAUACAAACAUAAUUUAUAGCUCUAUAACCAAACAUCCGUCUACCACUUAUAAGCAUUUCUAUUUGUAUAACGGGGGCUAUCGUUUGUGAAAGCAUCUUGAAGACGAAAGCUAACUUGCUUUCCUUUAAGCAUCACUGAAAAUCUGACCCUGAAGGGCUGGAUUUUCUUUUGCUAUCCUGCCCUAAAUUGGGUGGGAUAUUGGUAAAAGGGGAGGGAAACUUGGCUGAAAAGGCUGAUUAUAGUGUUCCCCCACACUCUAUUCUUCAGCCAGGAAAGCAGCUAUUGCUCCUCUUCAUUUUCACCUGUGUUCAUUAAGCCAUUGAAACAAUGUUGGUAAAGUUAAAAUUGGCAAGUAAAUCUCACCAAAAAUUACAGCUGUUCUCUGCAUACAGAAACAUAAAACUGCCUCUGAACUUGUAAAUAAAUACAAACAUAAUUGAGAAUAGCCUUAUUUUUAAUGUUGUAAAAUGUAGCAUAGAUUGAAAUGAAUGUCAUCAUGAAAGAUUGCAAAUAACUUCAGACAAGGAAAGCAUAAAUGGAUAAUAUUGACAUUUUUCUGUUAAAACUCACUUUUAAACUUUAAUCGCCAUCACUCUGAUGGUUAUUAAUUUGAGAAAAGUUUACUUAUCGGUAUAGACAUUAAAUUAACCCUAGGGUUUCAUUACCCUAACUAGGUGUGCAGGAGUCUGAUUUCAUGAAUGAGGAGGAGAGGAUAAAUAAUCCUAAUAUACAAGACAAAAUGUUUAUUUUGUAAAGGUUUUGUGGUGAGUUUAGCUUUCCCUGCAGUAACUAAUUUUAACGGGGGUGGGGAGGGGUGGUAUAUGUUUUUCUAAUCCUACAAUGACUACAUGCCCAGAAAUUAACUAGAUUUUAAAAUAGUUGACAGAAUACAAAUAAAAUGAUCAAGUACACAGAGAUUGGCAAUUUUAACUUUUCCAGGUGGGUUGUGACUCAACACUGGAAAGUAUAUACUGGUAAUUUUGUAUAACUGAAGAUUCUGUUUAUUGUAUCAAUUACUAAAUGAGUAAUUUUGUAGUUCUAAAAUGUGUACUGUGAAAACAGGGUCAUUUUUAAACAAAAUCUUCUGAAAUUCAGUGUUUAAAAUUUAAUUUAGUAGGUGAAGUAAAUCCAAGUGGGGUCUGUAUAUAUUUCUGCAAGCUUGAUAGUCUAAUGCUGGAGUGAAUGAUUAGGAAUUGGAAUGAAAGUUUGUAUCUACAGCAAAUCCGUGAUGUUAUUUGAGUUAACUGAGAAAAUGUGAAUGCUUCUUCAUAGCAAGAAAUGUUAUCAGACAAGUCACUAAACUUGUAUUCCAAGUGGCUUGAAAUGAGCUGUAUACCAGUUUAAAUAGAUUAUAAUAUGCACUUCAGCAAACAUCUGGAUAAUUUAAAUUGCAUGCCUAAUUCAAUUGACCAAUCGUAAAUAUUUUGAAGAGAAUGCUUACAAAAAAGUACUGAAUAGUGUAAUUCCUUUAAAAUUAGUGAAGUUGCUGAAAGAUUGAAUGUUGAUGUUACAUUAGCUGUAGCAGCCUCUUAGGGGCAGCAUUGAGUUGUGAAACAUACCAAUUCUGCAAUAAAAUUUGACCACUAGAAGUAA